AUGUCAUCGGCGCAGGCGCCCGUGUCGGUUAAUAUGACGAAGCAGGCGCAGCCGGAGAUUGCGGAGAGCGCGCUUGCGCAGUCUGGGUCGUCCAAGUCGAACUAUAAGGGUUUUGUGGCGGGUGUGUUUUCGGGUAUUGCGAAGCUGAGUGUUGGACAUCCAUUCGAUACUAUCAAAGUCCGCCUACAGACGAGUAAGGAUGUGCAGUUCCGCGGGCCUAUCGAUUGUACGCUGCAGACAUUACGGAAUGAGGGAUUACGCGGGUUCUAUAAGGGUGCGACGCCACCGCUGGUCGGAUGGAUGGUGAUGGAUUCUGUCAUGUUGGGAUCUUUGACGCUGUACCGCCGACUUCUGCUCGAGAAUGUUUUCUCGAAACCUAAUAUCCGUCCUUACAUCCCCUUCUCGCGAUACCAGCCUGAUAUCACGACUCUCCCGAGCGUUGGACACGGUAUUGCGGGUAUUAUGGCCGGCACGACGGUUAGCUUUAUUGCUGCUCCGGUUGAACAUAUCAAGGCUCGCCUGCAGGUCCAGUAUGCGGCUGAUAAAACGAAGCGCAUGUACAGCGGGCCGAUUGACUGCUUGCGCAAGAUGCUCCGCACCCACGGCAUCAGCGGCGUAUACCGCGGCCUCUGGGCUACGGUUUUCUUCCGGUCCUUUUUCUUCUUCUGGUGGAGCUCCUACGACGUUCUGACUCGCGUUUUUAAAGAGAAGACAACGAUGUCAGCCCCAGCUAUUAAUUUCUGGGCUGGAGGUAUCUCCGCUCAAUGCUUCUGGCUUACUUCCUACCCAUCAGACGUUGUUAAGCAGCGUCUUAUGACGGACCCCAUGGGCGGGGCUUUGAAUGAUGGCCAGAGACAGUUCCGCGGGUGGAAAGACGCUGCGGUCGCUGUUUGGCGCGAGCGUGGGUGGAGAGGGUACUGGCGGGGCUUUGUGCCCUGCUUCUUGAGAGCGUUCCCGGCGAAUGCUAUGGCUUUGGUUGUGUUCGAGGGUGUAAUGCGCACUCUGCCUUAG